CAGGGUCCAGGCAGGAGGAUCCCGUGGGCCACAUCUGGCCCACCAGCUGUAGUUUGCCCACCUCUGACUUAAAGGUCAUGGCAGUACCCAAAAUUUUAGUUGUAAGGAGCCUCUCUCUGCGUUCCAGUCAGUUACAAAACUUGGCUUACAAUUGCUGAGUCAAAAGGACUAGAAAGAGUUAGAACUCCAGACAGAAGUCUCUAACUCCUGUUAUUGGAGAGGAGGGGGGAACACUCUCUCUCCUCUGUUUGAAGAAGCCAGGCUUGCCUGUCCUGUAAUGAAAGGAUAAUAAGGGUCUAGGCAAGACAGACAUGAGUAUAUAUGGUUUGUGUUUUAAUUUUUUUCUGAUUCUUUGGUUUAAGGCAGCUGUCUAGUCACCACUGGUCAAACUCUUGAAGGGAAGAACUUAGCCAUCAGGUCUGACUAAGCCCAAUUGAUCAACAGGAUACUUACUCCUGGGGAGAAGUCUGUGCCAAAAAAUUCAAAAUUCUGCAUACUUUGUCAAAAUCAUGCAAUAUAAUCGCACUCAGUUUCAAUUGUCUUGGUAAUUUUAUUUAAACUACAAGACAAAAGUCACUAACUAUUCAGCAUUUCCUAAAAACAUGAAAGUUAAGUUACAAACAUUUGGUAACUAAAACCCUACAUUCCAGUUAAAAUCCUGGAUUUUAAUUUAAAUUUCAGUAUAGAACACCAAACUUCCAAAAAAAAAUUAGACAGCCAUUGUAAAUUGCUCACACUCUCAUACAUGAGUCAUAGUUUUGCUAACUGUCCUGGGCCUGGCUGGGUACUUUAGGAAGUGCUUGCUACCAAUUAUCCUGACAUUUUAUUGACUGCUUGGUAAAUGUCUUAUUUGCCCUCAAAGUCUUGUUUUGUUGGCCAUAUGGGUUCUGUGCCCCCCCAGGAGUAGGUACUAUAGCCCAUGGUCAAAUCUAAGAGUGGGAGAACUGCAUUAUUCCACCCCAAAGGGGAUAAGGCCUGACUUCAAGUGGAGAAUGUAUUCUGAUGAGAGAGAGGGGACAGGUGUGUAGCUAACCCUGUGACUGUAUAGGAAACAAAUUGCUAAUGGCUCAAAGAGGGAUUCCUCAACUGGGGCUGGGGAAUAAGAGACCCUUGAGCAAUCUUUCCACUAGAGGAUGGGGCGGGGGGAGGAAUACAGUAUCACCCUGGGAAGGAUGUCAUGCAGAUAUUGCAGCUAGAUGGCCCCUUAUCAAACUAAUAGAAAGCUCAGUUUGUUUCAGGGCUAGUAAAUAGUCAAAGGUAAAUAAGAUAAGCUCUGUUAAGUGGGGCAGUUGGUGAUGAGAUGCCUAAAUAGAAAACUUCAGCUCAGCUUCAAAAGUCAAACAAGUUGAGGCUUUCCUGCUAUGAAGUAUUUUCUGAACUUCAGCCUGGAUGCUGACUGACAUUAACCAAAGAAACUAUUCAGAUAUCAGAUGUAAUGAUGAGCCUAGGUAUAGGAUCUGACUCCUGUUCUGCAAGUAAGGUUGCCCGUUUUGGCUGGAUAUAUUCCUGGAGGUUUUAUCACAUCCUAUAGCCUUUAGUUAAAGAUUAAUCUUUAUUUCCUGGAGACUCUAGGACAAUCCUAGAGAGUUGGCAACCCUAUCUGCAAGUCCGUUAGAGCAGGUAGUGUGGGUAGGGACUGCAUUUGGGGCUCACCAGAUCAGAAUACUAAACUGACUGGCUCAUACUGGGGCCAUCGUGCUCAUAAAUUCUGCAUCUUGUUUGUUUCCUUAGUAUUGUGAGGUUUGGCAGGAAGGUAUGUGUUCAUCCUGCUCCAUGGGAUGAGAAAGGGAGCCCAGACUGAAACCCUUUCUAGAACAAAAUGCUUGGCAAAUUUGAUAUCUGAUAUUCUGCAACACUUUUUUUUAAUUGGGCAGGUGGCCAAUUAGCACACAACUGCAGCCCAGUUGUGUGCUUAAAAAAAAUAUAUAUAUUAAAAAUUUGCUGCUCUGGUCAGGCUGGGGCUGGGGCUGGCUGAAGGGUCUUGCAGCCUGCACCAGUGCUCCUGCCAGCUGGGGGCUGCUGAGUGCCACAGGCAGCACUAGAGUUGGCCUGCAGGUAGGUUGUCGGAAGGCCUCUGGGCAGUGAGCAGGGAUGGGUGGGGAACUAGAAGUUUGCCAAAGUGCUGUAGUAGUCAUAACGCAUAGCUGUGGUAUUGUCUCUUAGCACUUGGACUGUGGAGGUAGAAAUGCUUUGCAUGCUAGGCAGAUGGCUCUGGGAUGUUGAUGUGGAGACAAACAUCCUGAAGGGAUCACAGGCCCUUAGUUUUAAGGUGAUCAGAUGAGGCCCCAUGUAAAUUAAAAAAAAAUAAUAAAAUUAAAUAUAUGGAGAUAUACCUAUCUCAUAGAACUGGAAGGGACCCUGAAAGGUCAUUGAGUGCCACCCCCUGCAUUCACAAGCAGGAUCUUAGUGGGACUGUCACCACAGUCUUGAUAGGUGAAGGUGCAGAGAAGGGUAAUCCAUUGCACACCUCAAGUGGGUUUUUUUUUACCCGUUUAACAAGGAGAGUAAUUCUUGACCAUGACCAGCAGGUCCACAUGGUGUCUGGUUAGCAGGGGAAACUGAUUUCACCUACUGAUACAUAAUGUAACCAAAGUCUGGCAAACUACAUCACAUAAGAGCAUGGAGUCACGUGUCCUGGAAGCCUGAAACACUCUUAACAAUGUUCUUGGCCAUUGCUCCUAUAAACUCUACACUUUCAGGUAAAGUGCAGACUUUUCUCUGAGAAAAAUGUAGCAAAGAACUUUAAGGUUACUUGAACUGAGUGGGUCAUUUGCUGGGCUGAUCUUCCCUGGAUCAACCAAUUGCUGAAAUAGGAGUAGACCUUAUUCCCUUGUCUCCUUAAAUGAGCUGCCCUGACUGCUAAGCACUUGGUGAAUAUCCUGUGUGCUGUGGUAAGGCCAAAGGGCAGCACUUUCUAGUGGUAGUGAGAUCUUCCAAACAGGAAUCUGAUGGAUUUCCUUUGGACUAUAUCAAAAUAGGCAUCUUGAAGAUCAAGAGCCAUGACCCAGUCUUGAGGAUCUAACAAAGGAAUUACAGAGGCUAAAGUCAGCAUCCUGAACUUGAAAUGAAGGAUAAACUUGUUGAAAUGCUAAAGGUCCAGAAUGGGCUGAGAAAAUGGAAACAAAAAACCCUGAACGCUGACAAACUUAUCCACUAUUCUGAGGUGUAGGAGAGUCCAGAUUGUGCUUCAAGAGCUGCUCACAGAAGGGGGUUCCUCCUUGAAGAGGGAUGGGUAGUAGGAAGGGCCUUGAACUGAAGACAUUACCCCUUUCUGAUAAUCUCUAGAACCCCUUGAAAUGUGGUCCAUCUAGUGUAGUAUUCCCACAAAGGGGUAGUGUAGCAGCCAUGAUGCCACAAGUAAUGUUGUGGGGGAGGGAUAUAGGGGAGGCCUGAGAUUGCAGUCUCAAUAGGCUGUAGAGGGAGACAAGCCCAGGACUGUUGAACCUGCAGAUCCACCAGAGUCAGCAGCAUCUGUUUGCUGCCUGAAAAGUCUCAUUAUGUCUUGGCACAUCUCUCUCUCUCUCUCUCUCUCUCCUCUCCACCCUUCUCCGGGCUGUCCCCAAUGUUCAUUCUCUAGGCCCUGGGCUCAUAGUCUACAGCACUGGCUUGCAGGAUCUCACUGAAAAUGUCAUCCCAAGUCCUCUUCUUUUUCCCCCUUAUCAGGGUCAGGUGUUCCACUGGUGUGGAAGGGGAAACCCUCAAGGCUGCAAUAGCGGCAGCUUCAGCUAAAACACAGGUACCAUUGUCACUAUAUUCACUAUGUAAUACUUAAGAUGAAGAACUAAUUUCCCUUGCUCCUCUAAAGUUUUAAGCAUUACAUGCUUAUUCUCACAUCUGCUGAGGAUUGCUUUUGCACAGCAGUAGACAUUGAAUAUGGUCUGCUGGGGGUUAGGAUAAUGAGGAGGGAAUUGCUCAUUUGCGUGAAACUAGUAGCAUAGGCAUUAACACUGAACAAUAGUACCAUUUUUCACAGGUGGUGGUGAUUUUAGCUGAUAUCUUAUUCCUGCAGGUAACAAAGGCAAAGAGCACAGCUGCUGAUGGCAUCCCAAAGCCACCCAGACCCCAUAUGCUGCUAGCCUGUGUAUUGCAAUGGUGUCUGCUGAAGUUAUCUCUGACUGUCAUAGGAAAUUGUCCUACCACAGAGGAAGAAAUAAGGCAGCCAUCCCUAGAAACCUUUUGGCAGAGGAUUUCCAGGAAAGUUUCAUCAAGAUAUUUCAGGAGGAUUCAACAGACAUCCCACUGUACAUAAACAAACUGCUAUGCAUGGCACAUGUACCCCCCACACACACUCUACCUAGCUCAAGGGGACUGAAAAGCAAUACCAACUUUACCUCUCUUGGUUGUACCACUGCCUCUUCUAGCAUGAGUAGAUUAAUGAAAAGUCAAAUACUGUCCUGCUUUUUUGGGGGGAGGGGAUCCUGUAAUGGAAAACUUUUGUACACUUACAUGAGGUUCCUUCUUUUGCAUUGACUGCUGGAACUGGCUGGACAGCAAUGGAGUCAAAAAGAAGUCUAGGUUCACUCACACUUGGAUCCCCCAGUUGGCUGUCCCCUAUCCUCCUCUUCCCUGAUCACCUCCUCAGUCUUGCUCUUCAGGGCAGGGGCCUGUGACUGGUGUUCCCUAAAGGUGUGCAGGAUGGUGGUGGUGUCUCCGCUGACCAUGGCAUGCAGCUCAUUGUAAAAGUGGCAGGCCUGCAGCUUGGCACUGGCUCAGUUGUUGGCCUUCUAGUAUUCCUGCCACAGCUCCUUGGCUUUAACAUGGCAAUGCUGUUGUAGCUGUUCAUCUGCUGAGCAAUUUACAUGUUGAUGUUUCUGUGGCUGGUUCAGAGCUGUUCCUGCACAGCCUUUUCUCCCCGCAGGCUCAGGAUGUCCAAUCUCUCUUGUUUACUCCAGGAUGGAGUGCAUCUGGAGCUUGUAGCCAGCAUGGGCAGUUGGGCAGUUGCAUUCAACAAUGGAGAGCUGCUAGUGGGCUACCUUAUUUCCAGAGAGAUAAAAACACAUCAGCAAUCUCUAGUUAUGGUGAAGAGAAUAAUGGCUAUUGCAGUAUCAGGCAUUACUUACUUACGUGGAAUUUUCCCUGAAGAUGCAUACAGCACCCAUUAUUUAGAAGAUCUGUGUGUUAAAGUUUUGCGAGAAGACAGCAUCUAUCCAAGAGUAUCCAAAAUUGUUAAAUGGAUGAAAGCAUGCUUUGAGGCACUAGAAAAAAAAUAUCUGCAAAUGAUGAUUCUCGGAGUAAGUAUGUACAGAAGGACACAGCUAACCCAUAUCAAUAAGAAAACUAAUUUAACAAAUGAUGCAACAGAAGACAUAAAGAGGACCUGUCUUCUUCUGAUUCAUAACCUCUGUUUUCUGAUGGAAAAUAUUGUUUCUCUUCCUAAUGAUGUCUCUCUCACUAUGAAGCAGAUGAGGGGGGACACGUUAGGAGAAUACAUUAAUACAGAAUAUGAACCACCAGGAUCUGAAGAGGAAUUUGUUGAUAAAUACCACAAGGUCAAUGAUGAAGCUACAGGAAAGAGGAAGAUAUCAAAGAAGAAAAAGAAGAAUAAAUAAGGAAUGUAUACGUGUGCAAGUACUUUGAAUUCAGCUAAGCCCACAAGAAGUAUUUUGGUUGCUUGAAAUAUACUGAAGAGAUUUUUAUUUUCAAACUGAAGAAGGAAUUUAGUUCAAGCAGCUGUUUUUAAAUCUUUUCAGUCUCCAAUU